AUGGCUGCAUUCUUCUUUGCACCUCCGCCUCGUGUGGACGGCGACACACGGGCAGCAGGCAGGCAGGCAGGCAGGCAGGCAGGCAGGCAGGCAGGCCGGAAUGGAUGCGUACGUAUCCCAGGAAGGGCGGGCUGCUGGAUGGGGGGAUGCUGGGUGGAUGCACGCACGCGCACUCACGCACACCCGCACACGCACGCGACCGGCGUGAAGGCACCGCCAUCCUCGGCUCCCUGGCGCAGCGAGAACAAAACGGCGAGCAAAGGGCGGUCAAUACGUCAGGACGCGGCAAGCAGUGCCUGGUACCAGCCAGCGCCUUGCCCCGACGCUGCCGUCACCCUUACCCCCCUUCCCCCCUUCCACCCCCAGGCCCCAGGCCAUCCUAAGCAUACCAGAUCGCGCACCCGCAGUGCGACUACACGUGCAACUGCCACCAAGCAACGCGAUCGCCGCCCACCCGGCGCGUUCGUCACUAAGGCGCUCCACGCUCCACUGUUUGUCGCUGCCGCACUCUGGCUGUGCUGCACUGCUCUGCGCUGCGCUGCGCUGCUCUGCUCUGCUCUGCCUUGCGCUGCACUCACUGCACGCCGCUGCACUGCAAACUGCACACCCCACCCCAGUCUCUUAACCCACGAGACCCCUCCAAAGCAGACUUGCCCCCGACCUCUCUCUUCUUCUUCUUCUGCUGCUGCUGCUCUCGUCGCCGCCGUUCGCCGCCACUCGCCGACGCACGCUUCCCUGCCCUCCUCCCCUGCCACGCUCGUUCUGCUCCGCGAUUCGAGAGAUCUCUGUCCGCUAGCUACCUCCCCUGUCCUGGUGCCUUCGACCUUGCGCCUUCCGUGCAUCUCUUUUCGACGGCGCAUAUUUGCCGAACUGCUUGUCCCUCCACCUGGGCGUCGUGGAAAACACACCGUCUGCAAAUCAUCCGCGUUUAACUUCCACGCUACCCACGGCCUGCUCACUUCGCUUCUCCGGUUUUUUGGCUGUGCAUCUCUUGGCCGAACCCAGGCUACGUCUUUAUACGCUCUAGCUGCCUGUCUUCCACAGACCGCGGCAAAUCAUCCGAAGACGGUUCGCGACGGACAUAUCUCUGCAGCCAUUCCUCCCUGUGGGCGCACGCAUCAACCAUCCAACCUCAGCUUAGAGUCCGUCCAAGCUAUCUUCGACUCUUGA